GUUCUAGAGAAAAAAAACAAUGUUACAGAAUGGCGGAACUUGUUGAUAAGUUUAUUUGUUCCACACACCUUUUGUUCAGCUGAGAAGUUACUCGUUGAUGUACGACAUAUGGAUGGAUUUAUUGCUUAAUUACCUGUGAACCAAGACAAUGGUUUAUCGGAGUGUACCUUGUGUUUUGUGGUCGUGGUGGUUGGUAGGACUGUUGACUGGCGGAGUUCUCGUGCUGACUGUCCAGCACGUGAAGGGAGGACAGAUCAACCCCCUGACAGUCUAUGACUCCCUGCUGUUUGUAUCCACUCUGGGGGGAUCAUUCCAUGCUGUCAGCAAAAACACGGGCAAGAUAGUCUGGUCACUAGACGAAGAACCAGUGAUUCGGAUCCCUAUUGAUCACACAUCAAAAUUGACAUUUUUGCCUGACCCCAAAGAUGGAAGUCUGUACGCUAUGGGAACUGGGGUAGAAGGACUAAAGAAACUACCGUUCACUAUACCAGAGCUGGUGACGGCCUCCCCUUGUAAAAGCACAGAUGGCAUUCUUUACACUGGCCACAAGAAAGAUUUGUGGAUUGCUGUUGACCCAGUAACAGGAGACAAGCUGGAGACACUAACCUGGGAUGGCUCACAGAAGGUCUGCCCAUCAUCCAGUGACAACGCCAUCUAUAUUGGCAGGACAGAGUAUACCAUUGUCAUGUUUGACAGCAAGACAAGGGAAAGAAGGUGGAAUGCCACUUUCAUGGAUUACUCAUCUCAUGUUGCAACAGAUGUGGCUGAUUACAGGUUGAAACAUUUUACAGCCAGUUCUACAGGAUUAGCGGUUACUCUUGAUACAAAAACUAGUGAGGUUAUGUGGCACCAGACCUAUGGCUCCCCUGUGGUAGCGAUGUACUCUCUAGGGGCAGACGGACUACAGAAGGUGCCGUUCACCAGCUUUGCCCCUGAGACUCUGGAGCACCUGACCGGUCAACUCUGCUCCACGGCCUGGAGGCAGCGAUUCCUGGAGCAUGGUAAAGAGCAGAAAUUCUACCCCACUCUAUAUGUUGGAGAGUACAAGUAUGGUUUCUACGCCUUGGCCUCAUUGGUGGAUGAAGAGACAGUCACUGUAGCUCCCCGGCAGACAGGCCCCCUGCUCAUUGAUGGCCCCAAAACCACUGGUGAUAAAACAGUUCAGGAAGAGACAAAACCUCGACAAAGCACCAUCAUCACAACACCCACAGUCUCUCAGGAGAACAACCUACUCCUCUUAGGUUACCAUGAAGUUCCAGAGUUAUCUAAGGCAUUGAUCUCUCGGCGACUGGCCGACAACUCUCAGAAGACGGAGAAAGUCAUCCUACCUAACCAGCUGCCCUCAUCUGUGAAGGACUCGGAGAAUGUGACUGUAGUGCGAAGAAACCUGGCCAAACCACAUGGUCACUAUCUUGGCACACUGAUGCAUGACCUAGGGACCGACCCCAAAUUCACGAUCACCAUCGUCAUUCUCAUCAUCACUAUCAUCUCCUUCAUGUUCAUGUUCUCAAGGAGAACAGAGCACUCAAUCAAGAUCUUGUUAGAGAAACAGCUGGAAGAAAACAAGAGGCAACAGCAGAGGUCCAUGCAGACCUCAGCUAAUGGCUAUAUUACAGGCGCUUCUUCUGGCAUGGACGAAGUACCACCUGGGUUCUGUCAGGUGGGGAAAAUCAUGUAUGACCCCAAAGAUGUUCUGGGCCAUGGCUGUGAAGGAACCUUCGUCUACAGGGGAAAGUUUGACAAUCGGGAUGUGGCUGUGAAGAGACUGCUGCCUGAAUGUUUUGGAUUUGCUGACAGAGAGGUGGAGUUGUUGAGAGAAUCUGAUCAACAUGCUAAUGUUAUCAGAUACUUCUGUAUGGAGGCAGACUCUCAGUUCCGCUACAUAGCCCUGGAGUUGUGUGCAGCGACCAUACAGGACUAUGUGGAGCAGAAACCCAUCUGUCCUCCAGGCCUCGAUCCCUUCAAGCUCCUCUACCAGGCCAUGUCAGGGCUGAACCACCUCCACUCACUCGAUAUAGUACACAGAGAUAUCAAACCUCAUAAUGUCCUGAUAUCAUACCCCAAUGCUAAAGGGGAGGUAACUGCGAUGAUAUCAGACUUCGGGUUGUGUAAGAAGCUGGUGGCUGGGCGACGUUCCUUCUCGCGUCGCUCUGGGGCUGCUGGAACAGAAGGAUGGAUCGCUCCAGAGAUGCUAGAUGAGGAGCAGAGGACGACUUGCGCCGUUGAUAUUUUCUCCAUGGGUUGUGUGUUUUACUACGUGCUGUCCAAAGGAAAACAUCCUUUUGGGGAUUCACUGAGGAGACAAGCAAAUAUACUUAGUGGAGAAUACAACUUGGACCACUUGUCCAAAACAGAUGAAUAUGUCAGUCGCUCCCUCAUUGAACAGAUGGUGUCAUUUGACCCUUUGAAACGACCUUCAGCCAAGGUCAUUCUCAAACAUCCAUUUUUUUGGAGUAAAGAGAAACAGCUCAUGUUCUUUCAGGAUGUGAGUGACAGAAUAGAGAAAGAACCAGAAGAUUGUGAAGUCGUAAAAAGAUUGGAUAGGGGUGGAGCCAAUGCUGUGAAAUAUGACUGGAAAGAUCACAUAUCAAUAGAGCUACAAAAUGACCUGAGGAAGUUUCGCACAUACAGAGGGCACUCAGUCCGUGAUUUAUUGCGUGCGAUGAGAAAUAAGAAACAUCACUAUAGGGAGUUGCCUGAAGAUGUGAAGAGGUCACUGGGUUCAGUUCCAGAUCAGUUUGUGGAAUAUUUCACGUCGCGUUUUCCCGCACUGCUCACACACGUGUAUGAGGCUUUACGCUGCUGCAGCAGUGAGCGCACAUUUCAUCAAUACUACACUUAACGGGCAGAGAAGACUGCAACAUCAGAUGUACUGGUGUAUACUAAACCAUAACUUAAUACCACUCAGUGGGAAUCUUCACAGUCGUGCAGACACAGAAGUGGAUUGGAAAGCAAGGUUUUAAUAUUUCUUCAUGGAUAUUUGCAGAGAUGUGUGACAGAAUGAGUGAACAUGACAUCAUAGGAUCUUUUAGAUGCUUCAGUUAAACUGCCACAGGAUGUGUAAAUAUUGUUCCAUGGAUUUUCUCAAGUUGUGUUUCAAGAUGGCUGAACUUUAUUUCACAGAUUUUGCACACAAGAAAGUGAAAUAUGUGACAAGUUGUGUAAAUAUUACUUCAUGGACAUUUGCUGAAUCUUACAGACUCAGCAGUGAUGUAUGGCAAGGUGUUUAUAUGAUUAACACUCUAAUAAUGAAGAUGUGCAGUAGGUCUUUUUUCUCAUUUGUUAUCAAAUUACUUCUGUUGUGAAACAAAUUGUGGUCGCUGAUUUUCUCCAAGAUGUGGCAUACAGCUCUGUAUGCUGGGAUACUUUUGAAACAACGUGAAGAAAAGACCAGCUCAAUAUACUAAGAGGUCUGUUAAAAGGUUAAUUUUGGAAAGUACUCUAACCUACCUGCAACGUCUGUAUGCUGGUGCCCCUGGUGAGAAGUGCUUUUUGUUUUUAAUUCACUGAACUGAACAAACCAUUUCACGACUAUAACUCACCGACUUAUAACUUCAGCUAUGCACACUUUUAGUAUGUAGCUCGGAGAAGUGCUCCAAAACAUGUCUACUUCAUGUUUGAUCUGAAAAAAAAAGGGAAUUGGUUUGUGGAACUUUUUGCAGUGAAGCAGUUAUACACUGCUACAUUGGUGUUGCCGCUGGUGUUAACAUUAAACAUGAUUUUGUACCUCUUUUAUAAUAUAGGUUCCAAUGGC